AGAAUGGGUCGCCGCAAGAAGAACAAGGGCGGAGGUGACGACUUCUGGGACACGUUUGACCCCGAGGCAGAUCCGGUGCAGCAGGCCGAGGCGGAUGCAGCUCGUGAGCAAAAGAGCAAGGGCAAGGGCAAGAAGGGCAAGGGCAAUGAUGCUGCGGAUGGUAAUGCCGGGGAAAACGGCAAGGCCGAUGCUGGUGGUGAGGCAACGGCAGAGAAGAAGGAGAAGAGCAAGGACAAGGGCAAGGACAAGAAGAGUAAGGCUAAGGGCGGCAAGACCAAGGGUGGCAAGACCAAGGGCGGCAAGCCCAAGGGCAAGGCGGCGAUGAUCGCCAAGAUCAAGGCUGAGAAGGAGGCUCGUGAGCGGGCAGAGGCCGAGCGCAAGCAGCGCGAAGAAGAGGAGCGGCUGGAGGCGGAGCGGCAGGCCGAGGCGGAGCGGCUGGACACGCAGCGGCGGAAGGAGCAGGCCGAGCGUGACCGGCUCGCGGCGCAGGCGGCCGCUGGGCCCAAGUUGACUAAGAAGGAGCGUGCGGCCAAGGCCGCGGCCGAGGCGCGCCGGAAGGAGCUUAUUGAUCAGGGCCUCAUCGACCCGAAUGCAGUCGAGGGCAAGCGCAAGAAGACCAAGGUCCGCUAUGGAAACAAGAAGAAGAAGACCGAUGAGCAGAAGGCUGCUGAGGCUGCCGAGGCCGCUGCCAAGGCCGCGGCCGAGGCUGCCGCCAAGGACGAGGAGUCGAGCACGCCCGACGAGUGGGACGCCGACUCGGUCUCGUCCGGCGACGACUCGGGCUUUGGCUUUGGUGAUGACAAUGACAAUGACAAGGAGGCCGAGUCGGCGUCGGACGCCGACGGCACCGAUGGCCCGUCCGCCGCCGCCGACGCUGACGCUGCUGGCGCAUCCGAGCCGGAGCGCCCCAAGUACCGUGCGCCUGUCUGCUGUGUUAUGGGCCACGUCGAUACUGGCAAGACUAAGCUGCUGGACAAGAUUCGCCGGACCAACGUCCAGACCGGUGAGGCCGGCGGUAUUACCCAGCAGAUCGGCGCCACCUUUUUCCCGGCCGACGCCAUUGAGCGCCAGACCGAUGCGCUUACCCGUACCGCCAAGAAGAAGAUGGAGAUGCUGGUCCCUGGCCUGCUCGUUAUCGACACACCCGGGCACGAGUCGUUUUCCAACCUGCGCUCGCGUGGCUCGUCGCUGUGCGACAUUGCGAUUGUUGUUGUCGAUCUGAUGCACGGCAUCGAGCCGCAGUGCGUUGAGUCACUGGAGAUGCUGCGCAAGAACAAGACGCCGUUUGUGGUCGCGCUCAACAAGAUCGACCGCUGCUACGCGUGGAAGUCGCCGGCGGACUCGCCGAUCUACCAGCCGUUCAAGGUCUCGCAGAAGGAGCAGGAGCAGGCGACGCUGAACGAGUUCAAGGCGCGGACGAACGACGUGAUUGUGCAGUUUGCCGAACUCGGGUUCAACGCCGCGCUGUACUACGAGAACCCGGAUUACCGGACGCAUAUUUCGCUCAUCCCGACGUCUGCGCACACCGGUGAGGGCAUCCCGGACCUGCUGUUGAUGCUUGUGCAGUUGACGCAGCGGAUGAUGGCCAAGCAGCUGUACCUGCAGCCGGAGCUCGAGGCGACGGUGCUGGAAGUCAAGGCUGUGCCUGGACUCGGCACCACCAUUGACAUCAUCCUGGUCAAUGGCUCGAUCCGCGAGGGCGACGAGAUUGUGGUGUGUGGCAUGGAGGGGCCGAUCCACACCAAGAUCCGGGCGCUCCUCACCCCGCAUCCGAUGAAGGAGCUGCGGGUCAAGACGCCGUAUCAGCAUCACAAGGUGGUCCACGCGGCGCAGGGCAUCAAGAUCUCGGCGCACAACCUCGAGAACGCGGUUGCCGGCACGUCGCUGCUGGUGGUCGGCCCUGACGACGACGUCGAAGACCUCAAGGAGGAGGUGAUGGAAGACAUGGAGACCGUGCUCGAGUCUGCGGUGGACAAGUCAGGCGAAGGCGUGUUUGUCAAGGCGUCAACGCUCGGCUCGCUGGAGGCCCUGCUCAUUUUCCUGCAAUCAGAGGGCGUGCCCGUGAACGGCGUGGGCCUCGGUCCCAUCCACAAGAAGGACGUCAACAAGGCAGCCAUCAUGCUCGACCGCAAGCCGCGGUACGCGUGCAUCCUCGCCUUUAACGUCGCCAUCGCACCUGACAUCCAGCUCUACGCCAACCAGCGCGGGGUCACAUGUUUCACCAACGAGACCAUCUACCGGCUCGAGGAGGAGUUCCUCCGCUACCUCGACGGCAAGAAGCAGGAGGAGAAGGAGGCCGUCCGCGACCUCGCCAUCUUCCCCUGCAUCUGCAACAUUGUUGCUGUCUUUAACGCUCGCAACCCUGUUGUUCUCGGCGUCGAGGUCGAGCAGGGCGUCCUUCGCAUCGGCUCGCUCCUCUGCGUCCCGUCCAAGGGCAACCUCGAGGUCGGCCGCGUCAUCUCGCUGCAGGACAAUGGGAUUGACGUUGAGGAAGCGCGCGAGACGACUCAGGUUGCUGUCAAGUUUGACUCGCCGCACGGCCUCACCGUUGGCCGCCAGUUUACCGAGGAGGACAAGCUGAUUUCGGUCGUCUCGCGCGACUCGAUCGACGUCCUCAAGGCUCACUUCCGCGACGAGAUGCGCAAGUCGGACUGGAUCCUCAUCAAGAAGCUCAAGACGGUCUUCAACGUCAUCUGAGACGAUAAACUGCCGACACACACAUA